GCAGACUUUUGUUGCGCUCAGCAAUGAGUGAAAGAACAAAAAUGAUGUCGCGCUUAACUCGGUGCUUAACCCCUCAAGAACGGCUACUGCCUUCAAAACAACGCGCAGAAAACAAUAAUGAAUUACAAAAUUACUUAUUAUCAAUAUGAAGUCUAGUUUGACUCCUGACUUUCCACGUGGUAAUAAACUUCUCUGUAAAACUUUUUGUACGAAAGUCCUACACGAACGUGCAGAACUACUAAAAACAUAGACACGAACCUAAACCAAUCCCUUAUUGUACGCUUAUGUUAAAAUAUGUAAAUAAGACACAGAGUCCUUUGCUGUCAAUGAUAAUUAAAAAAUUUCAACAUUAAAAAUUGAUUACAUUUCAGGUGUUUCUUAAGAAAAAUAUCAAGAACGUUUUACUUAACACUGCCGUCAAAGGACACUAUUUCUUUUUUGCAUAUCUUAACAUAGGCUUUAGUUUAUAACAAAAGAUCUAUCCACGUGCGUUUUAAUUAAGAUUUUCUGCACGCAAUAGAAGUUUCUGUGCAAUUUUAUUUUGAUAGUGAUUUUCUACAAUGUCGAAAUUAAUAAAUCAAUUUAUAUGCGCUGUACAAUUCUAGGUUCACCUCCGAACAACGUCCUGUUUUUACGUUCCAUUCCGUUGCAUAUAAAAGAUCCAUCUGCAUCCGUACGUAAACAAACGAUAAACUUCUUAAGGAAAGCUCCGAAUAUUUGAAUUUAAAACACGAGUAAAAGUAUCGUCACCUAAAGAAAGUGAGAAUCAAGUCGAAGAAAUGGAAAAUUCGAAAGAUAUUGAAGAUUUAACCGAUUUGAUUGGACAUUACGGAAAAUAUCAAAAAUUAUUACUUGGACUGGUAAUAUAUGUGGGCAUAUUUUCUGCCUUUAAUAAUCUCAAUUUGCCGUUUCUGGCGCCAAAAAUAGAUUACUGGUGUUCGAGAUUACCGCAGUAUCUUAAUACGAGCAUAGAAGAGUGGAAAAAUUUCAGCAUCCCUAAAGAAAUAAGAAACGGUAAACACGUUUACAGUAAGUGCGAAAUUUAUGAAGAAACGUAUAGAGGACAUUAUUCUAUAGACUCACCUUCUGUCCCUUGCUCUUCUUGGGAAUACGAUCAUUCCAAUUACAAGUCUACUAUAACAGAACAGUGGGGUUUAGUAUGCGAAAAUUCGUGGAUGAUAUCUUUUGCUGGUUCUAUAUACUUUGUGGGAUUUUUGAUAACAGCUUUCGUGUCUGGGCAACUUUCUGACAGGUUUGGCAGAAGGCCUGUAGUUUUAUCCUGCAUUAUAAUCAAUUCAGUAUUUGGAAUUACUUGCACCAUUUCGCCGUAUUAUUGGAUGUUUGCAACCUCUCGAUUUUUGUUAUCAUUUGGAAGAGCGGGCCUUUUCCUUUCUUGGCUCAUUCUUGUUGUAGAGAUUAUGGGACCAAAAUACAGGACUAGAGUAAGCACAUCGGAUAAAAUAGGCUGGGCAACAGGACAAAUAAUUCUUCCAGGAAUAGCUUGGUUGGUAAAAGAUUGGUAUUAUAUACAGCUAGCGAGUACAUUACCCGUCAUAUUAUUGAUUUUCUUGUGGAAAUAUAUACCAGAAUCACCAAGAUGGUUAUUAUCUCAUGGAAAAUUUCACGAAGCGGAUAUAAUUAUACGAAAAAUAAUGAAGACGAAUGGAAAGAAAGUUGACGAACUGGACGUUAUUAUAAGAAAGCUUGCCUUUAAAAUAAAGAUGGUGAGAUUAUUUGAAAUACUUAAACGAAUCGAUCGAAACGGGGCCUGGAUUUAUUCCACUCCAGAACCUCUCACCGUAACUAUUAAAUGUCCUACGAGAAGCCAAAGACCAGCUAACCACCAAAGAGUUUUUGCUACUACCUAUAAAAUAAACCACACCGGAAUCCUUACUCUUCCAAACGCCUGUACCGGCUAUUUACCUGGAAUCAUCCUUACCUCACAUUUCCAACGACAAUCCCAGUUACAACGAGAAAUUGCACCACAAGUGGUCGUUCCACCUAUCGAACAAAUCAUAAAUCAAAGUGAAAUCCACCUACUGCAAAGUCGUCUCCAGGAGCCCAAGACUAAAGAUCUCUUAACCCCAACCGGGGAUUAUGAUAUCAAAUUAGCUGAACAAACUAUGUCGAAAGUUCAGUACGAUCUUAACCACUUAUUACGUAUGACCUCUACCUCGUCCACCACCUCCUCUUCUCCGUCACUACUUACGAUAAUUGCCAGUAGUUUUGGAAUUAUCCUAAUAUUAAUUGGCCUCCUUUCCCUUAUCUGUUAUUAUAUACGACGCAAACCAACUUCCACUCCAACUCUACAACUUGAUCAAGCCGACGAACCUACUCCGGAAGACGCCGCUCCUACCGAACUAACCAACGUCACUCCACUUCCACGAAGUGUAGACACCAACCCUUCCCUGUACUUUUUUUCCAGGAUGGUUACUGUAUUUGCAUUUUAUGGACUAUCUUUCAACGCUGACGAUACAGGAGGAAGUGUGUAUUUAUUUUAUGUCUUAUGUGGUUUAAUGGAUUAUCCAUCGGCCCUACUUAUGCAGCUAUUAGUAGUUAGGAUAGGACGAAGAUAUCCGUUAUUAGUGUUUUUACUCAUCAGUGGAAUAUGCUGUAUAGCGGCUUCAGCUAUACCGGAUGAUAUGACAUGGUUACGAAUUGUUUUAGCAGUUUCAAGUAAAUUUUGUCUAUCCACAGCUCUUUCUAUUUUAUAUAUAUUUUCGUCAGAAAUAUACCCAACACCUGUCAGAAACGUUGGACUAGGCUCUUGUAGCAUGAUGGGAAGGAUCGGCGCAAUUAUAGCACCUUUUAUGAAGCAAGCAGUAAGAAUAUUAUUAUAAAAUAAAAUUAUAAUUCUGUAUACAUUUUGCCAAAUGAAGUACUAUAGUAAAAUAUGUAAAUAUUUUAUUCUCUUGCGAUUAUUAAGAUACUGUACUUUCUCUUUUCUGAAAACGAAUUCAUAAGUUAAAACUUAAAACAUAUUUGAUGGCACUACAAAAAGUUUAGCAUUAAGAUUUUAUCCUUAAUUAAAUUUAAUCUAUUUUAAAUUUAAAUUCUGGCAUAACUUAAUCGUAUUUUCUUAAUACUUUUAUUUAUUUAUUUACAACAAUACAUUGACGAAGCGCUGAUGAUUGAUCAAGUAAGAACUUACGACAAUUUAGGAGAGUUUUCUUGGGAGUUUUCCUUUAGUAAAGAUAAGCUUGGCGCUUGGAAGCGGUACCCACAAGACUUUUAUUAUUGUUUUUUACAUUUCGCUUUGAAAAAAAUUGACUGUCAUUUAAAUUGACAUAAUAUUUACUUGACGCAUUUACUUUACAUGUCAAAUGUUUUUUUUCUCUGGAUUCAGAAUUACUUUAGGCGUUUGGGGGCGGAGAAAUUAACCCCAGAAAAUCGACAACUCUGAUUCCUGUAUAUAUAGUCAGUCAGUAAAGUUUUUUACUUGGCGCGAUGUCACUACUGAUAUAAUGCGUCUAUAGAUAGAUUUUGGCAUGAAUUACUCAUACACAUUAAAAAAUGUUAAUAUUUUAUUUAUUAAACAUUUAGGUCUAUGCAUCUUCAGAAAAAGCGGAUAGUUUAAUUUACUAUUUAAUCUAUAAUUUAA